CACACUUGGACAGCAAACUGAUUUCAAACCACUCCUUUUCAAAGAUCUCUGAGGGAGACAUUGCACCUGGCCACUGCAGCCCAGAGCAGGUCUGGCCACGGCCAUGAGCGUGCUGAGCCAUCAUGCCCACCGUGGAUGACAUUCUGGAGCACGUUGGGGAGUUUGGCUGGUUCCAGAAGCAAGCCUUCCUCAUCUUAUGCCUGCUGUCGGCUGCCUUUGCGCCCAUCUGUGUGGGCAUCGUCUUCCUGGGUUUCACACCUGACCACCGCUGCCACAGCCCUGGGGUGGCUGAGCUGAGCCAGCGCUGUGGCUGGAGCCCUGCGGAGGAGCUGAACUACACAGUGCCAGGCCUGGGGCCUGCGGGCGAGGCCUUCCUUGGCCAGUGCAGGCGCUAUGAAGUGGACUGGAACCAGAGCGCCCUCAGCUGUGUAGACCCCCUGGCUAGCCUGGCCACCAACAGGAGCCACCUGCCGCUGGGUCCCUGCCAGGAUGGCUGGGUGUAUGACACGCCCGGCUCUUCCAUCGUCACUGAGUUCAACCUGGUGUGUGCUGACUCCUGGAAGCUGGACCUCUUUCAGUCCUGUUUGAAUGCGGGCUUCUUCUUUGGCUCUCUGGGUGUUGGCUACUUUGCAGACAGGUUUGGCCGUAAGCUGUGUCUCCUGGGCACCGUGCUGGUCAACGCGGUGUCGGGCGUGCUCAUGGCCUUCUCGCCCAACUACAUGUCCAUGCUGCUCUUCCGCCUGCUGCAGGGCCUGGUCAGCAAGGGCAACUGGAUGGCCGGCUACACCCUAAUCACAGAAUUUGUUGGCUCGGGCUCCAGAAGAACGGUGGCGAUCAUGUACCAGAUGGCCUUCACGGUGGGGCUGGUGGCGCUUACCGGGCUGGCCUACGCCCUGCCUCACUGGCGCUGGCUGCAGCUGGCAGUCUCCCUGCCCACCUUCCUCUUCCUGCUCUACUACUGGUGUGUGCCGGAGUCCCCUCGGUGGCUGUUAUCGCAAAAAAGAAACACUGAAGCAAUAAAGAUAAUGGACCACAUCGCUCAAAAGAAUGGGAAGUUGCCUCCUGCUCAUUUAAAGAUGCUUUCCCUUGAAGAGGAUGUCACCGAAAAGCUUAGCCCUUCAUUUGCAGACCUGUUCCGCACGCCGCGCCUGAGGAAGCGCACCUUCAUCCUGAUGUACCUGUGGUUCACGGCGUCUGUGCUCUAUCAGGGGCUCAUCCUGCACAUGGGCGCCACCAGUGGGAACCUCUACCUGGAUUUCCUUUACUCCGCUCUGGUCGAAAUCCCGGGGGCCUUCAUAACCCUCAUCACCGUUGACCGCGUGGGCCGCAUCUACCCCAUGGCCGUGUCAAAUUUGUUGGCGGGGGCAGCCUGCCUUGUCAUGAUUUUUAUCUCACCUGACCUGCACUGGUUAAACAUCAUAAUCAUGUGUGUUGGCCGAAUGGGAAUCACCAUUGCAAUACAAAUGAUCUGCCUGGUGAAUGCUGAGCUGUACCCCACAUUCGUCAGGAACCUCGGAGUGAUGGUGUGUUCCUCCCUGUGUGACAUAGGUGGGAUAAUCACCCCCUUCAUAGUCUUCAGGCUGAUGGAGGUUUGGCAAGCCUUGCCCCUCAUUUUGUUUGCGGUGUUGGGCCUGCUUGCCGCGGGAGUGACGCUACUUCUUCCGGAGACCAAGGGGGUCGCUUUGCCAGAGACCAUGAAGGACGCCGAGAACCUUGGGAGAAAAGCAAAGCCCAAAGAAAACACGAUUUACCUUAAGGUCGAAACCUCAGAACCCUCGGGCACCUGAGAGAGAUGCUUUGCGGCGAUGUAGUGUUGGAGGGAUGAAGAUGGAGUUAUCCUCUGCAGAAAUUCCUAGACGCCUUCACUUCUCUGUAUUCUUCCUCAUACUUGCCUACCCCCAAAUUAAUAUCAGUCCUAAAGAA